AUGAUAACGUGUCUACGUUUUGUGCUCUCAAAAUCUGCUCCAGACUAUCGCCUGAGCCAGCAUACCAUCUUGUUUUCUGAAGGACGAUAUCUUUCUCAUCGACUGAAACUGGAAGCCAUCUGCACUCCAGGAGAAUCGGGAGGAAAGGAGCCGACGCCGGCAAGGAGCUUGGUGAACAGAGCGCCUUUCGCCAAUUCUGGUUCUCCGGAGCCGUUGAAGAAGAGACUCAUGAAGGUGGUGAGCGGUCGUGGGUGCAUUCUGUGGACUGCAUCAUUCCAGCGAGAACAAUUGGAAAUGGAUGCCUGCCCUUCACUUGUGUCCUUCACUGCGUCUAUCAGAAUUGCCAUCAGGUCCAAGUUGAGAACGGCGUAG